AUCAAACGAGUAAAGCAUUUGCUAAUAUUAAACACUCUUUUCUUAAAAAAAAACAUUCGAUCAAACAUGGCCGUUGAUUCGCCUCUUCAAUCUCGGAUGUCUUCAUCGACGACCUCUGAGAAAGACGUGAAGGCUCUCAAGUUUAUAGAGGAGAUGACUCGGAACCCUGACUCGGUUCAGGAGAAAGUUCUUGGAGAGAUACUGAGUCGUAACUCGAAUACCGAAUAUCUGAAACGGUUCCAUCUUAAUGGCUCUUCUGAUCGAAAAACAUUCAAGACCAAAGUUCCGGUGGUUACCUACGAGGAUUUAAAGCCGGAUAUUCAACGUAUUUCUAACGGCGAUCGUUCUCCGAUCUUGUCUUCUCACCCCAUCAACGAGUUUCUCACAAGCUCUGGGACAUCUGCUGGUGAAAGGAAAUUGAUGCCAACAAUUGAAGAAGACUUAGACAGACGUCAGCUUUUAUACAGUCUUCUCAUGCCUGUGAUGAAUCUGUACGUGCCUGGAUUAGACAAAGGCAAAGGGCUAUACUUCUUGUUUGUGAAGUCGGAGUCUAAGACGUCAGGUGGGUUACCGGCUCGUCCGGUUCUCACGAGUUACUACAAAAGUGACCACUUCAGGAGACGACCGUACGAUCCGUACAAUGACUACACUAGUCCUAACGAAGCCAUCCUCUGCUCUGACUCGUCCCAAAGCAUGUAUGCUCAAAUGCUAUGUGGUCUACUGAUGCGCCACGACGUCCUCCGUCUCGGAGCGGUCUUCGCCUCCGGUCUCCUCCGUGCCAUAAGCUUCCUCCAGAACAAUUGGAAGGAACUUGCUCGGGAUAUUUCAACCGGAACCCUAAGUUCUAGAAUCUUCGACCCUGCGAUCAAAAACCGCAUGCUGAAGAUUUUGACCAAACCCGAUCAAGAAUUGGCUGAGUUUUUGAUCGAGGUUUGUUCACGAGAGAACUGGGGAGGGAUUAUCACUAAGAUAUGGCCUAACACGAAGUACCUUGAUGUGAUUGUUACUGGAGCGAUGGCUCAGUAUAUCCCGACGUUGGAGUACUAUAGCGGCGGAUUACCGAUGGCUUGCACGAUGUAUGCUUCUUCAGAAAGUUACUUCGGGAUUAACCUAAAACCGAUGUGUAAACCGUCGGAGGUUUCUUACACAAUCAUGCCCAACAUGGCCUACUUCGAGUUUAUCCCACACGAUCAAGAUGGAGCAGCGGAAGCAGCAUUGGAUGAAACCGCACUUGUGGAGCUAGCCGAUGUUGAAGUCGGAAAAGAGUACGAACUCGUGAUCACGACCUAUGCCGGGCUCUGCCGUUACAGAGUUGGUGACAUUCUUCGUGUCACGGGGUUCCAUAAUUCCGCUCCGCAGUUCAAAUUCAUAAGGAGGAAGAACGUUUUGCUGAGCAUCGAAUCCGAUAAAACCGAUGAGGCUGAGCUACAAAAGGCCGUGGAGAAUGCGUCGAGGUUGAUUGCGGAGCAAGGAAUGCGUGUAAUCGAGUAUACGAGCUAUGCAGAAACGAAGACUAUACCGGGUCACUACGUGAUCUAUUGGGAGCUACUUGGUAACGACCAAACUAACGCUUGCCCUAGUGACGAGGUCAUGGCUGAGUGUUGUUUGGAGAUGGAGGAAUCGUUGAACUCGGUUUAUAGACAAAGCCGGGUCGCGGAUAAAUCGAUCGGUCCGUUGGAGAUACGUGUGGUGCAGAACGGUACGUUUGAGGAGCUCAUGGACUAUGCCAUCUCGAGAGGUGCAUCGAUUAAUCAGUAUAAGGUCCCGAGGUGCGUGAGCUUCACGCCAAUCAUGGAGCUGCUUGACUCUAGGGUUGUGUCUACUCAUUUCAGCCCUUCGUUGCCGCAUUGGUCGCCGGAACGACGUCGUUAGAUGAAACGUAUGAAACAAUGUUGAACCCAUGCUGUGCGGUUCUAGCAGAAAGCUCUGUUUCUGAUUCUAGACUCUUGUGUUAGUUUUAUUAUUAUGCUGUUGUUGUCUUUAGGGUUUGGGUUUGUGAAUCGUACAAUAAAUUUUAGUUACGUAUUAAUGUUUUCCUUCUUUCUUCUGUCCCAGUCCAGCUAAUAAAUAGCUUAAUUAGUUAGUGACUUAGUAUCAUUUAUCGAAAUAAG